CACGCCUUGUCAGGUGCUUCCCUCACCCAUGCCAACCACCUCCGCCCGAGCGCCCGCCCACAGGCCCGCCGACGCCGCCUCCGCGAGCGCGCACGUCCCCCGGCACGCCGACAACCCCGCCUCCGACCGCCGCCGUGGCACCACUGCGAGCGCGCCCCGGUCCGCCGACGCCGCCUCCGCGCGACCCUCGCGCGCACGUCCCCCGGCACGCCGACAACCCCGCCUCCACGCGAGCGAGCCCCGGUCCGCCGACGCUCCUGCGCGCCUCACGCGCACGCCUCCCCGCCCGCCGACACACCCGCAGUGGCACCUGCGCGGCCGCGCCGGGGACCGACGUCGCACCGGCGAGCCUCGCGCGCACGCCCCUCGCCCUCGCGCGCCGUCGCCGCGCCCCUUGCCCUCGCCGUCGCAGCGCCCCUCGCCGUCGCGCGCACGCCCCUCGCCCUCGCCGUCGCAGCGCCCCUCGCCGUCGCGCGCACGCUCCUCGCCCUCGCCGUCGCGGCCUCGCGAGCCCUUGCCGCGCCCAACGCACACGCCCGCAGCUCCCUUCGCCCUUCAGCGCUUCAGGCACAUCAAUCAGGUGUACAACCUAUAUAUGGAUCCUGAUGAUAGGAAUAAAGGUGCCCGUGCUCCUUUCACAGACCUGUCCAAUGGAAACAGCCUAGGGAUUGGUUCAAAGCUCAAUGCGAAGGAACGGAAGAGGGAAAGAGAAAGAGCGCGAAAUGCGGCUAUGACUGUUGAGCAAAGGAAUGAAAGGAACAAGAAGUGCCGUGAGGCAUACCAGCGGAAGAAAGGACCACCUAGCCAACAAGAAACUCACAAUUCAGAUGUUUCAUCUAUGGUUAUCAACUCCAUUUCGACAUGUCAAACUUUGAUCGGUGGUGAUAAAGAAUGUAAUAAGGAAAAUGAGGAUCCUAUUGAAAUGAAUAAUUGGUUGCAUCGGGGUGAAGCAUAUCAACCACGUGUCAAAAACACCGAUGUCAAAGCCUCCCAAAUAUCAGAAGUCAUAGAUGCGAACGAACAUAGAAGAGCAAGGGAUAGAGGAUGGUAUGCGUCACUUUCUGUGGAGAAAAGGAGGUUGCAUAAUACAACUUCGAGCCGAAAGGCGGCAAAGAGAGAGAGUAUAAAAUAAGACAAAAAGAAAUGUUGGCCAACACUUAACCCAAAGUCCAUCGCCAUGGAGAAUCCAAAGUGUGUCCCUGAGGUUGUACAACCUACAGCGGGUGUAUGUGCACCUCUUGGUUCCCCAGUACGCUCUAGCGACGACUGGAUUGUCCCCAACAUUCAUCGUACCGGUUUCAACGAAUCCUGAGGAUGUUGAUACCUCCGAAAGUUCGCCUAGAUGCAUAAGACAAAAACGUCAUGUGCCAUCCGGUGAAAGACAAUCCCUGUUAGCCCGUCGAAACCAACAAUUUGAAUCAGGGAUUGCAAGAAGGGUUUAUGCUAUACCUGAGGAUGAUGAAAGUGAUGAUGGAGAAAAUGGCGAUUCGACACGGCCUCAGACGACUGCAGAUAUCAACAACAAUGAACAUAGCAGUCCAUGCCCAAGCCCUACCGUCGCAACAUACAAUGGCAUGGCCAGACAAGGAGACGGAGAGGAGCAUCCCCAAACGAUGCCAGAGUUCAUUUCCAGUGCUGAUGGCGAUGACGAUGAAGUCAUCUUCGAAGAAGAUGAUGAGGAUGAUGAAGGAUAUCUAUUUGCGGGCCAAGAAGAGGAUAAUGUUGAGGAGAACGAUGUUGAAGAAACUCAAGAUGAAUCCUCUUCUAUCCCUGAUGUUCCAGACCUGUAUGACAAGGUGUAUAGUAACAUGCCUGAAGAAACACAUAUGUUGAGGCCUGUUCCGAACUGUAAGCAUUGCAAUGCGAAGAAGUUUGAGUAUGAGCGACCAGGGUUCUGUUGCCGAAAUGGGGAUAUUGAUAUAGCCCCACAGACAACUUGUGGUGAGCUCAUGAGGUUAUGGUCGAGUGCAGACGCUGAUGCUAGGUACUUUCGUGAUAACAUUAGGUUUUUCAAUGGCCAUUUCUCAUUCACUUCCCUGUA